CGACACGUGUGACCCUACUCCCGAGCGUAUCCCAACAGCUCCAGGGUCGUUCAGUCACGUGGACGUCCUUCACAUUAUUUACUCUUCCGUUUCUUGGGAGGAAAAAUUCUUUUUCGGAAGGGACACAGCGGUCGAAUACUAGACACCCGGUGUGAAAUAGGAAAUCCAAAAUAUCUGGAACCACAGAAGUAAAAAAAAUGAAGAAGAAGAAGAAGAAGAAGAAGAAGAAGAAGAAGAAGAAGAAGAAGAAGAAGAAGAAGAAGAAGAAGAAAAGGAAGAAAAGGAAGGAAAGAGGUGGGAGAACAAGUGAAUGGAGCAGCAGCACUGAGAUUUCUCUAUAAAUAUCAACGGAUUAGUGAUUCACAAAAUUUAUUGAAGUCGAUCAUACAGCAGACAUUGUCAAUCUCUCCUCGCAUAACUUCUUAAUUCUUUUAGCUAUCAGAUUAAAUUUUUUUCCACAGAUCUCUAUCUAAUGCCAUUUUCUACCCUUGAUAAUUGUUAAUUUCGUAUUUAUUAAAAUUUAAAGCCUUGAGGAAAAAAACAUUAUUCUAGCAGAAAACAAUUUAUUCCAAACAAACUUUAAGUAAUGUUUUUGUUUUUAAAUUAGUUCAGUGAUUAAUUUCAACAACCUUCGCCGCAAAAUUUUCCUUUUAGUAAAUUCUCCGCUGGAAACAUCUGUAAAAGGCUGCAUAUUAAAAGUUUCUUUAUCAGCUGAUCGUUAACUUGAUACCAAAAUGUACUUACAUUGAGAAAAAAGUCAGUAAAGCUAUGACAUCGACUGUCAUGCCACCUUUGGGUGCUGUUUUUACUUCAUUUCAAUUUAGCCGCGAACUUUGGCAAGAAAGUAACUCUAUAGUAGAUGUUUAUGGAUCAGAGUUCGAAUAUGAUGCAAGAAAAUUCUCCUCCGAUAUUCAGUUACCCGAAGAAGAAGCGAGUAGCAGCAGUAGCGGGAAUGUAGGGAUGGACGAUGAAAUCACAGAAAUUCUUUGCAUAGAUACUGGUAGAGAUACUGUUGACAAUGAUGGCUGCAGUUACAGCAACGACCCCCGCCCAUCACAACGGCGGCAGUGGUGCAGACGGCUGCAGCGACAGCAGCGAACUAGUCGAAAGCCUUAUUUCUUUAUAUCACGCAACUAUGUCUGCGACCAGCGACAGAACCCGCGUGCAGACAGAGAUGAAGUGGAUAGAGAGUGUCAGCACAAAACAGAACAGCAAAGCCUCCACCUGCAUCCACACCAACAUGAUGAGAGCGAGAAAUUGGAGGCAUCAGUAUAUUUGCAUGUGGAGCUAAAUCAACCCCAGAGGUACCAGCAACGAGACAACGGCCCUGAAUGUGUUCAUCAAGAUCUUUCACAUUGUUCUUCCCAUAAUGUAAACGGCCUACGACGACAGCGAUACCAACAACAGCAUCAACACCUCCACCAACAAUUGCAGCAUAAUCAAAAACAUCAGCAACAACAACCAUUGCAGCAAGAGAAUACAGACAGAACUGACAAUUGCAACCAUACGGCUUACCAUAGUGAGGUCUGCCAUAACGAAAGUGAUAAUCUUAAUUAUCCUAAAGAAUUAAACCAACAUCAAGAUCUGCAUCAAGAACAACAAAACGAACUUUCUCCAUGGCACUCUCAAUAUUUGGACAGUGAACUCAGUCAGGAUACAAAAAGCACUGAUAUUGUAGAAAAUAUUUUAACAGCCAGUAUCAUUUCGGAUUACACCAGUUUGCUGUUAGAAUCGCCAGAGUGUAGACUGCAACCUUCAAAGCAAAAAUACCUCGUAAAGGCAGUUGAUAAAAAUAAGAAUUCAAAUAAAGAAGCGAAGAAGAAGAAAAAGAAGAAAGAAGAGGAAGUGGAAGGAGGUAAUUUCUUUCUGUCGAAUUCUUACUGUAAUCUAGAGUUAUCACAAAACAGGUUUAGCCCUUGUCCUUCUAACAUAGAAGUGGCGAAAGAGGAACUGCCUACAGAUGAUUAUAUGUACCCAACUACUAACUUCAAAGAAGGAAUAAAAGAGCAAGUGAACUCGUACAGUAACCAAACAAUCUCAAACGAAAACAGCAACCAGGAUUCAACUCACCAAUACCAUUACUAUCUUCAUCAUUGUUCAUCUCGCGAGCACUGCAACCAAGAAUCACCGCUAACGCCAUCUGUUACAUCGUCUAAUCUUUCUGCAUCCUUCCAUCUUCACCCUAACCACCAAUCACAUCUCAAACUAGAUUGUGAGAGAGAGGAACAGGCAGUAGUGAAUGCAACCCAAAGUGGUCACUUCCAUUCUUCUCAUCUGCAAAGCUGCAGCAACAGCCGUACACAUAUGUGUGCAGGGGGUGUUUAUUGUCAAUCAGAAGGGGUAAGUGUUAGCUCUGGAGCAGAAGGACGAGGAGUAAGAGUAGGAGGAAUAGGACUUAGCGGAGUGGGCUGUGCAUCCAUGUCUGAGAUAGGGGGCGGCGUUAGUUGUGAAGAGACGAGCUCUAGAAAGCGCCGUUGCCUCACCCCGAACCCAUAUCAAAUACAGAGGCAUGCAGCUAACAUCAGAGAGAGGAAAAGAAUGUUGAGUAUCAACUCUGCCUUUGAAGAACUCCGUUGUCAUGUUCCGACAUUCCCGUACGAGAAACGGCUUUCCAAGAUUGACACUUUACGUUUGGCUAUUGCUUAUAUUGCCCUGCUCAGGGAAAUUCUUAUGUCAGGGGCCGAUCCCCUUGAAUAUGUUGAAAACUCGCUCCGACAGGGAACUGGCAGCAAGAUGAAAGCUGUAUGGAACACAAGUGCAGGAUCUAUGAAUGUUCAUGAAUUCUGCAUUCAUGAAAUAAAAAGAGACUAUAAAGAUCUCAUCCACGUAGUACAUCGUUAG